AUGAGGCGACGUCAUCGGUUCCUGACGGACACGAUGCUGAUCGUCUACUUACUGAUUAUCGUCUUCUUCAGCAACAGCCACGUGAUGCAAGUAUUCGGCAGCCAACAAACCCCGCCUUCCACCACAACGAUGCUUCAUCUACCUUCUUCAGCGGCAGUCAUCACCGGAUUCGACGCGAUGAGUGUGGUCCAUAUCGGCUGUUCAUUUGUUAUGCCUACGAACAUCUGGCAAAUGAAGGAAUGGAGAUGCCAGAAUGGGAUUAUCGAAGAGUUGAGCAGCCCCUACUAUCUGUCGGAGGACAACAAAGAGCCGAAAUACAACCCGUCCGGGGAUCACAUUCAAAUCUUGUGCCAACGAUUGGGUGAUAUGGUGAAGCGAGAGAAGCACGUGGCGAGGCCGGAAGGGCGGACGAUUGUCGUCGGAGACCUUCAUGGAAAUUUCAACGACCUUUGGCGCAUCAUCCAUGCUUGGCUGUCGGAUGUGGUUGACGGAGGGCCCGGCCAAAACAUCAUGUUCCUCGGAGACAUCGUCGAUCGCGGCCCCCGUCAACUUGAAUGCUUGCUGCUGAUUAUGGCGUACAAGAUGCACUACCCCUACCAGGUGUUCAUCGUCCGUGGCAACCACGAAGAGGACCAAGUUUGCUACGAUUUUCAAGAACAUAUGGUUGCACGCGGUUUCUUCGAAAAGCUUCCGGUUAUCGGGCUAAUUGACGACCGGAUUCUGUGCAUGCACGGCAUGCUCACGCCCGAGCUGACGCGAGGCGUUCUGAAAACUGGCUGGGAAAUGGAGCAGACGCUAUACGCUGGGAUGGCCAGGCUAUUGCGCUGGAACGAUCCGUCAGAAGAUGUUGAACAUGUCGAGCCCAAUGCGACGCGAAACUUCGGCCAGCGAUUGGGCCCUCAAGCUAUCAAAGGCGCGAUUGAACGUCUUCACGUCGACUUCGUCAUCCGUGGUCACCAGGCGAUGACGAACGGCGUGCGCCGAUUUGCCAACCUCCCGUUGGCCACCGUCUUCUCGUCUUCGUACUACCUAAACGCGGAGAAUUUCGGCGCCGUUAUCUUCGUCAAUCCUGUGAAAAACGAGAUCGUGCCGAUCUUCAUCGUGAACCACAAGGACAGCAUCAAGACGCAAGAGGAAUUCGAUGAAAAACUGCGUAAGGGCUGGAACGUCGAUGAUUAUGCGGUCAUCCCCGACGACAUCACGGUGAAGGGAGAGAAGAAG